CGCGGAUGUCAGAAGCCAGGCACCUUCAGUCGAUGUGAGGGGAGACGGAGAGGAGGCGUGGAAGGGGGUUUAGAAGAAACACCAAGGACCUGGAGAGAAAUGGGAACGGUGAUGGAAGUAAAGUAUCUCGAUGCAAAUGAAUGGAAGUACCACGGAGAAGGCAACCGGAGUUUGGUGGUUUCUCACGUUCAGCAUUGUCAAGUACUGCGUUUUCUGAAAUUUCCCAAUGAACGUUCACAGCCAAAUCAGGCAUUGGAAGAAGCUCCCCGUCGACUAAAGAACAUUGUUGACUUCAGUAAACAUGUGAUGAAGCUUUUACUGGGUGAUACCUUUGUCCAGCCAGGGGAGGUUAUACAGCUACCACUGGACUUUGUAAGACAAUUGGCAAUGAAGAUCCAACCAGAACGGCCAGGAUCACGUUGCAAUAAAGUAAUGGAUGCCUUCAGUGGGUAUGCUUUAUGCCUCCCAGAUCUCACCAAAUUUCAAACCUGUCAUCGAAUUGAAAAACGACCACCCCUCUGUAUAGAAAUCAAGCCUAAAUGUGGAUUUAUCCCUUUCUCAACUCACAUUACCAAGGAUGUUAAGCAUCGUGUGUGUCGCUAUUGCAUGCACCAACAUCUGAAGGUGGCUAAUGGAAAAUGGAAGAGGAUUAGCAAAUACUGUCCCCUCGAUCUUUUCUCAGGGAAUAAACAACGUAUGUACAUUGCCUUGAAAAGCUUGUUACAGGAGCCUCAGAACAACCUAAAAAUUUUUAAGAAUGGAGAGUUAAUAUUUGGCUGUAAGGAUGACCAGGACUGCUUAAUGGAUCUGAAUGAGCUAGCUAAUCAUUUGAAAGCUUACUUUUUCCCUGCUAAUGGUGUGGUUAGUGGACCACAAUGCACAAGAACUGUUAUCAGUGAACUGAUUCAUGUGAUAACAAUAGCUUUGGUGAGCAACGUAAACAAUUGCAAAACUGGUGAUAUGAAGAGAAUAAUCGUCUCAGAGGAAAGGAGCCACUGUGAAGCAAGUCAUUUUUGCAAGGAAGUUUUAAGAAAUGGUAUUCAUGUUGUGGAAAAUUCUGGCUUGCCGAGAGGUUGUGUUCUUUCUCGGAUCCUUCAAGUACAGAUGCUUGAUAUGAUGGACAUUGACGGAAUCUAUCCUUUGUACCUGAGAGUUCAACAGCAUAUAGAAGAAUUUCCAACAGACAGGACUAGGUUGCAUUUAGAUGGCCCUUACAAUGAAAGUUUUUAUGAAAGUCUAUCAGAUUCUCAUUCUCAAGAUGACGAAACAGUGGACUAUGCAGCCCAAAAGAUUCAUCAGUACAGGGUUGCCACAACAGCCAAGGACUGCUCAGUCAUGAUUGCGCUUUCCCCUUGUCCUUUGGAAGAAUGGUCUGAACCAAGUACCAUAAUUCAGACAUCACGGGCUUGCUUUGUAUAUUCUGUCUCCAUUCUAGACUUGGAUCCCAAACCAUAUGAGAACAUUGCACACCAGUACAAACUUGAUGGGAAGAUAAUAAACUUUUACUUGCAGAACACGAGAGCCAAAAAGGAUCUUACUACUCAAAAAUUCUACAAGGAAAAUGAAGAAUGCACACUGUUUUUUCAUUCAGUGUGAAUGUUUGUGGGGCCUUGCUAUUCUCUAAUCACACAUAAAGGACUGCACUGACUCAGAGGCCAUAAAUGAGGGAGAAGUUUCAAAAAUGUUGUCUAGUAAAUUUGAAUAUUGACAUAGUCAUAAUUUAAUACUUUUGCCGGUCACUCACUAAACUUGUUUAAGUGGAUGACUUUAUUUUAAAAGCAUGUCAUUCACCAAUUUAAAAAAAAAGCACUAAACAGUUUUUGCUGAGAAAUCCGUUAACCGUCAUCUUGAAACUCCAGAUUGUAAAUACUAAAGCACAAUAAUUUAAAGGUAUCUGUAGAGUCAGUUGAACAGCGUUUUCAAAAUACCUGUCUUAGAGUAGGAGAAAUUCUUUAAAAGCAGCUAAAUAAAAUACACUUUUAUUUAGACAGCAUUGAAAAGUGCAAGGAAAACAUGAUGUUAUUUAACAAGAUUUUUAGCAUUCUCAUUGCAAUUUUAUUUGAGUUUAAAUGGAUGGAUUAAGGCCAUGGUCAUGCACUUGAUUAAAAAUUGCCUGCUUUCUGGAUGUUUGCUCAUCACUGGAAUUGCUGCUGGGAGUGGCAUUUGUUUUUCCACUGAUUUAGUUUGUGCCAGUUGGUAAAUAUUGCCAGAUAAUGCACAUAACUGUUAUAAUUUCUUGUUGUAUGUUUGAUCUAACCACUUGAAUGGUGCUGUUGAAAUCUGGGUUUUGUAACCCUCAACUUCUCACAAUAGCUUUUCAUAAAUUGGGCAAAGAAUUAGUAUUUCUUUUGGAUGUAUAAAUAUGAAGCAUUAUUAUCCCAAAGUUGUAAUAAUGUCUUGAUGCUAAAUUAAUUUUCAGGAUUAUAAAUUUUUUAAAAAAUGCAACGUCAUUGUUUAACUGACUUCUGAACUUCAGGAUUAGAAUUAAAUUGGGAGACGUUCCCUAGGACAUUGCUUUUAAAACUACUUUGUGCUGUGCUGGUAUUUACCUUCAGCAAUGAAUAUCAGCAUAGCAUACCUGGAGUAAUUCAUUUUAGAGCCGUAAACAUUCUGAUAGUAACUUGUUAAGGACUACCUCUGGACAGGUGAGGUCUGUGAUUCUAGCAAUCCUGCAGAUACAGUUUUGACACACUGAACCAGCAGUGUACACUCUCGUGUAUUUUCAGUCAGAUUUUCAAUCCACUGUGUCUUGGUCAUUUUACAAGUUACAUUUUUAGUGACAGCUAGAUUGUGAAUUCCUUUCCAGUUAACAUUUUCUGAAAUAUCUGAAUUACGAUUUAUUCUUGAGGAUUUUUUCACUCCCAACCUUAAUAAAUAACUGAUCUAGUAGCAGAUACUCAAAAACAGUGUGCACUGAAGCAGAACAAAAACCACCUAGUGAGCGGAUGUUUCUAAAUGUGAUGAAGGUAAAUAAGAGUUACGGUUCUGAAUAUAAAGAAAAAAAUGGUGUGUUUUAAAUUUCAAGUCUGCAUCACUUAUCUUCCUUUUUGGCAUCAGAACAUUAGAAUUGGAGACACUCCAAAUAGUGUUGGUGUGCCAAAGGCCCUGGAUGGGGAUGGUAAAUCAUUGAGCACAAUGCAUUUUUUGAGAUUGACAUAUUGGGAAUUAUGUAUAUGGAGUAAAGGCUCCUAGUCAACUGAGCAGAAUGAAAGUAGCACAAAGAUUUUAGGAGUGUAAUAUUGGGGUUGCUAUUUUGCCACUUAGACUUUAAUUUUAUUAAAUGUAAUUUUAAAUGGAGAGAGAAUAGAAUGAGCAAGUUGCAAGUAAACUAUAUUUUUUCAAAACUCAGCAAAAGAUUUUGCAAAACAUCUUAAACAAAUGAGUGCUAUUUAAUUUUCUUUAAAUGUCCUUUUGAAAUUUUACUUGUUAUGCAAAACUGCACUCUUUGUGUAGUUAAACCAAUGGACAGAUCCAAAAUUUCUGCAUUCGCCUCAAUUUUGCAAAAUUGGUAAAUGUGAACUUUUUAGGUUAAAAAUUAUAUGAUGAAAAACCUGUUCUUUUUAGAUUGUAUUGGUUAGAUCUUGUGACUUCAGUUGUCAUUAUUGAAUUAAAACAUCUUCAUUGUUCCCCCACUUUGAUAUCUACCAUUUUGUGAACUAAUCUACCCGUGAAUGAGAUUGCAUGCAAAAAACCUAUGGCGUGCUUUCCCAUGUCUAUGACUGACGGUCUGUUUGUUAACCCUUGGCUUUCAACAAAACAAGACAAACUAGGGAUGCCAAUAAAAUAAAACUAUUCAUAGCCCUUUUAACUGCAGUGUGUACAGCCCUUUACCUCUGAAGAGAGCUGCCUAAGUAUUUUUUUAUUAAGGUGGUUUAGUAGGAGUGUGGCUACAUGUUGUAUUCUAGAUCCAAAGAUACUAGUGACAGAGGUUCCAAUUUUCUUUUCAUCAAAUGGCUGACCAGAAAUCUCUCUCAUUCUUGCCACCUUCCAUCACUAAUUUGGAAAGAUUUGCAAGUUGCUGUCUGUUUAGCUGCAUUAUGAUUGCAAGUCCCACUGCUAUCUCAAACUGAAAGCGUAUACUUCACUAUCUGAUAGUAGGACUGGAAAUCUCUAAUAAAAUGGCUGAGUAGAGCAGAAACCAUGAUUUGGGUUAAUUUUGUUGAAAAAUUCUGUAGAUAACCUGAAGGGAAAAUACUGAAAUAAUCACCUCUAUAUUUUAGCUAAGAAGGACGUACAGAUUAUUACUCUUGCUGGAAAUCUAUACUAAAUAACUGUCAAUAAUCAUGCUUCUGUUCUUCACUGCCAUGGACAGUGAGCUAUUGAACAAGCAACUCUAUGAAUGGGAAUGCUGAAUCAGUUAAGUAUAAUUUCUGUUGCAUUGCAUUCCCAUCUAUAAUAUAGAUUUUAGAGGUUAAAUUAUAUUCUUGACCUGAAUUAUUGUGAUGAUACCAUUUAAGAAUGCAUUAGGGACUGAUAAUGUUUUGUUUGUAAAUCCUGUCAUAAUCAGUUAUGCUUUCUGCUCAUGUUAAAUUUGUUGCAUUUUGCUUUUUUUACCUUCCAAAAAAUAAGACUAUCAUCAUUUACUAUGAUGAUAGUAAAUCAUGUCAUCUGAUCAGAAGAGUACUCCUCCCCCUAGACAUCCCUAACUUCCAAUUGUUUACCACUUCCCACUCUGAAAACCACCAUUCCUACACAAAUGGCCUUUAUACCAGCUCGUAGAAUUAAACCCGAGCGACUCUGAAUGUUGACAAUGAGGCAUUGUCCAGUGGAAACAGAUCAAACAAAAACUGAAAUUGCUGGUUUAUUUCUCUUCUAGCAGCUGAAGACAGCAUGUCCAACUGUAGCAGUGCUUUGUUCCUAAGUGCCAUAAUUUACCUCAGGAGUUCACAUUGAAUUUGGUCUGUAUAACCUGAUUCCAUUUCUGCACUUGAUUACCAAAAAUAACUACUGUUUCUAACCAUGAUCUAAAAGGUACAGGUUGAAUACUUUUUAUGUGGUAUAUCUGGUGUCACUUUAUUUCCAGAACUGAUGCACUCAUUGCAAAAUCAGCAAUCUUUCUGGAAUUAGCACUCUUUCAAAUUUAAGUUCAAACUAAGCUAAAGAUGUGUUGUUAGUAAAUGGAAACAAAUUCUAGAGUGCCAUUUUUAUGACUGGCAACAAAAAGCAAAAUGUUAAAUAUGAUCCAUUUUUUUUUUCUUCAUGGCUAAAAUAUGGCGCUAUUAGCUGAGAACAAUUGUAAAGUCAAAAAGCAAGACUUCAGGAAAAUUUGUUUAAAAUUUAAUCUUGCAUAGUUUGUCCAAGAUAAAGUAGUUGGAUUUGAGAAUUUGUCACCAUUUAAAUCCUUCCUAUUUAAGUAUAAAUAGAUAAUCCUAAUGCGGUUUUCCUCAGAGGUCAUUCCUCAAGAAUGUUUCUUGAGGAUGCAUUUUCUAUCAAUCCCUUAAGACGAAGUCAAACAAAGCAUUUGUUUAAUGUUGACUGCAUCAUCUGGUGCUGAUGCAUUGUGAAUGAUGUGUGAUACAGUGGAUGGGUUUUUGAAUAUGAUCAACUAACUUGUUGACUGUUAGCAAGAUUGAACAUUGGGUAUUUGGAAAUAUUAUUAAAAAUACAAAAACAACUAGAGCUUAGUAAAGAAUUGAUUUGCAAUCACUUUAAACAACAAUAUUGUGCCCUAUGGUGCACAAAUGGCCUUAUAAAGAGAUAUAAACCUCAGACAAUUCCAUCUAGUUGUAGUAAUAUUAUCUAAGUACUAAGAUUUCAUUUGUUCUUUAGUUUAUCAAUAAAACACCCUUCUGUUCAUGAUUUACAGAUGUACCAAUGUAUGAGAAUUUUAAAUUUUGAAUCUUUGGUUCUCUGUUACAAUACAUUUUUAUAAAAUAAAACUAGCACUGUUUCUGACCAUUGGCUACCCUCAUCCUAUCAUUUCAUGGAUUUUUAUCGUUGAAAUAGACUGUGAAUUAACUAAAAAUGGUUUACAUUGAAGAAAAACACACUUAAAAGGUAAUUUCAACAAACUGCUGUGGUAUAGAUGACUUGUCUUGUGUAUAAUUGCAAUAGAACUUGCCUUGUAUCUGUAAAUACUCUGGCCAUUUGUAUUUAAAUGCUAUAUUUAUUUUUCAUGUGACAGUGCCAUAGGAGAAAUGGAAAUGUAUUUGUGGCAUGUCCUGUUGUAUAAAAUAUUUCAAAAUGGUACAUGUAAAUUAAUAAAAUUUGAUC